AUGCCCACACAGGACGAAACGACUCUACCGUCUCCUCCCACCCAAGUAACCGUCGUCGUGCCCGACCAAGUCGAGCCGCUGUCGACCACCCAAGGCGGGAACACCCCAACUCUUAACCCACACGAGAACCCGUGGAGACCUACGACGGCGACGCCCCUCACCUUCAUCAACGUGACGCCCGAAACGUUGACGUCGACCGAGGUCGUGACGAACCCAGCCCACCGUGACCUAAGCGAGCCACCAACCCAGACCCAGUCCACAAUGGCCGCCGACGGAAGUAAAGCGCCGACGACCGAGGGAACGGAAGCCGGAGGACGUAAGGAGGAAGGACCUCAACAAAACCCCAUAACCCGACCAGUCACCAAGACGACCUCAGAGAAGGACCGCGUAAAGCACAAAAAGAAGAAGAACAAACAGGAGAAGCAGAAGGACCAAGGAGCGGCGGUCGGGGUAGGUCCCCCACCCCUCCCGGUCGAGCCCGCUAAAGGCCCAGUCGAAGAAGAGGCGAGAGCCGAUGCCGAACUGGGGAAGAAGAGAAGGAGAACGACGGUGGAUCUAGGCGACGAGGAUGAGGCGGGUACCACGGAUAGGAGGCAGGAUGCUGAACGCGACACGCCAAACCAGAUAAGUCACCUAGCAAACCUGACUGCGGACCUAACUAGCCUAAGCCCUCCGCCCGCCGAUGGCUACUACAGCGACGGAGGGCUCAGCUACGUCGACCUCGACACCGAGAUGGUCGUCCACGACGACAACAUCGAAUCCGCGAUGGAGGUCGACCAACUGGCCCCGGCCCCGCCCCUCUUCUUCGCGCAGACCAUAGUCGCUCCGACAAACACCGCCGUCGCCGACCCGCAGACACCGACCUCCAUCGUACGAAACCCAUCCCAACCAAACGCGACGACGUACCUCCCUCCCGCCUUCCGUAGUAACGUCCUCCAGGCAACGCCGCAGUCGCCCACGCCGACCAACCUACGCGACCUACGCUUCACUCGGUACCCGGCGACGACUAGUAAUGUACCACCCAUCCCAGCCCUUCACACCGUCACGAGGGGAAACAUAGCUGAAGGACAGUCGUCCAGAACGUCCUCUUCGGCCUCUAUGCGCAGCCAGCAACCCCCGCAACACGAGCCAUCAGGCCCCGGACCUAGCGGCCAACACCAGCCACAACCGACGCCGGCGCCGCGUAUACUCAACUUCAUCACCAUCCGUGGGCCCACGGCCGCCACGCGAAGGCCCGCGAACAACUGGCCGGCAGUGCACGGCCGGGACGCCUUCGCCUGGACCGAGAACAUGAUGAAGAAACAGCACGAGGCUUGGGCCGACAUCGCCAGAACGCAACCGACGGCCUUGAUCCAGAUGCCAGGCUGCGGAGCGGACGAGGCCGAGACGGCGGGUAAGGUCGAAAACAUCACGAAGAUGAUAAAAGACUACCUGAACGUCCAUCGCUUCGUCAUUACGCCCCCCGUAGCCGUCCUUAGAACCGGGAAGCGUAACAAAGCCCCCUAUUGGCUCCUCCUUCACGAAGUAUCCCUACGCGACUGUAACAAGAUACUGAGCCAGGAAUGGCUCGAUACCGCGGAAGGUACGAUCAACUGUCGCCCCCUCACCGCAGACAACCCGCAGUACGCGGGCGCGUGGAGAUACGCUAGUAGGUUUGGAGCGAAGGAUAAGAACUACACCGGAGUUUUCCUACGCGCUUUCCAAGGCGACGCCCUGCAAUCCCUGGUCGUCUCCUACCUCGCUAACGACAUCUCCGAGGGCGGCCAUUGGAGUGCACACACACUCGAGGACGCCUACUACACGUGGCUCAGCACCAUCCACGCCGACGAGCUCCCGCUAUCCCACGGCGAAGGCAGGCCCGACCCCAUCGUCCGUCUCUACUGUGAGUCACCUACCUACGAUACGGAGAAGUGGAAGGUCUUCUGCAAGGAGCUCCGAUACCCGGCUGGCACGACACCAACGCCCCUCGCCCUGGCGGCGAGCCGGGGCCGAGUAGGGGAGACUACCACCACGAUCGCGGAGGACGCGGGGGAGGUCGAGGCGGAGGUCACGGGCGAGGACGAGGCCGUGGCCGCGGAGGAAACGGUAAGAGGGGAAGUCUGCUCGCACCCGCUCGGACGCCUCGUCAGCUCAUGUCCCGUCGCACCUCCGCCCCCCAUGAUCCACACGUACCAUAGCACCUUCAAAACGUACAUACUUGACAUGCACACCGACGAACUUCCGUCGUAG